CAGUCCACCAUGUGCACCAAACGCGAUAGAAUGCUCUUGCUUCUAACUGCGGUCCUCCUUGUCAGUGGCGCAAGUGCGGCUAAGAUUUUAGGGGUUGUAAUGACAGACUCCUACAGUCACCAGGUCGUCUACAAACCCUUAUGGAGGGAAUUGUCUCUAAGAGGCCACCAAGUCACGACGAUAACAACCCACCCUCUCAAGGACCCCAAAUUGGUGAACCUAACCGAGAUCGACCUGAGCGGCAUCCUGACCCCGGCCGAGCAAGACCAAAUGAUGAGGAACCACGUGGGCAUCGCCCAAAAGAACGUCGUUAGUGAGUUGCGAAACUUGUUCUCGAUCAUGUCGAACGGAAUCGACCGAAUGUUAGACUAUGGACCGAUCAAGAAACUAAUAAACGACAAAGAGGUCAAAUUCGACCUCGUCGUCGUCGAGUACCUGUGGCCCGCUCCUUUGGCGUUUGCGCACAGGUUCAACUGUCCGUAUAUUGGCAUGCUGUCCUUGGAUGGAUAAAAUUUUGUUUAUCGGACACUCGGCAACCCGACC